AUGUAUGGCCCGGAUGAUACGAUCACAUUUUAAUUUAACUGAUUUUAACUCAAAAACUGGAAUUUUAAUUCCACAAUUUUUGGAAUCCAUCUAAAACGACACCCCAUGAUCAAGUCCCCUCUAAUCCCCCCUUUUCUCUCCGAGGCAUAUGAGGAAAUCAACCUCGUCGUUUUGGCAUGUCUCCAAGUUAAGCUAGCAUGGCUUCCUCUUCUUUCCAUCUUUUUCUGUUAAUCUCUUUGCCAUUCUUGUAGGUUCUGCUUCCCUUCCGAGGGGGUCCUUCAACGUCAUUUGAGGGACCCUCGUCCUUUAAUUUAGCUAUUCUUAUUCUUAUUAAUUAAUUUAGCCAAAGAGAUUAUAUAUAUAUGUAUGUAUAAAACCGAGAGGGAUUUUGCCAUUGUUUCUGGGUGAAAAUGUUGUUUAGAACAAAGAAUUCAUAAAUAUCAUUUCCAAAUUUCUUCCGCCACAAGUUCUUGGAGGUUGUUUAUUUGAUAUACACAUACAUCGUGAAAGGUUAGAAGCAUGAAUUGCUUCCCUUGUUGUGGCCCUAAAAAAAGCAAUAGCAAGAGGGAGCAUGGUUCUCCACCCCCAGAACUUGUUACAGCAAAAGCACAAGAUAUGAAGAAACAAAAAGCAGACGAACAAAACCAAGCUGGCACUGCCAAUAUUCAGGCACAGGCUUUCAGUUUCCGUGAGCUAGCAACUGCAACAAAGAAUUUCCGUCAGGAAUGCCUACUUGACGAAGGAGGUUUCGGCAGAAUCUACAGAGGGAUAAUUCCUGCCACCGGCCAGCUUGUGGCCGUGAAGCAACUCGACCGAAAUGGGAUGCAAAGCAGUAAUGAGUUUCUGGCUGAGGUUGCUGAGCUAAGUCUCUUGCACCAUGAAAAUCUGGUCAAUCUCAUUGGUUAUUGUGCUGAUGGAGAUCAACGUCUUUUGGUAUACGACUUAUUUGCUGCGCGUACUCUUGAAAAUCGUCUUUUUGAGAAUAAACCGGAUGAAGGUCCAUUAAAUUGGUUUGACAGAAUGAAAAUAGUAGUGGGUGCUUCUAAAGGACUAGAGUACUUGCAUGAGACUACCAACCCCCCGCUUAUAUUCCGGGACUUGAAAGCGUCCAGCAUUUUGGUGGACAGUGAUCUCCUUGCAAAACUAUGUGAUGUUGGCAUGGCCAAGCUUUCUGGUGGAGACAAGAUAAACAAUGGACCUCCAAGACUUAUGGGUACCUAUGGUCACUGUGCUCCCGAGUAUGUAAGAGCUGGUCAACUCACCAUGAAAUCAGAUGUAUACAGUUUCGGAGUUGUCUUGCUAGAGCUCAUAACUGGACGAAGAGCCAUUGACACCACAAGGCCAAACGAAGAGCAAAAUCUUGUUGCAUGGGCAACACCAUUAUUUAGGGAUCCCAAGAGAUACCCAGACAUGGCAGAUCCACUUCUUAAUAAGAACUUUCCAGAAAAAGAUCUGAAUCAAGUUGUUGCAAUAGCAUCCAUGUGCUUACAGGAGGAAGCAGAAGCUCGUCCUUUGAUCAGUGACGUUGUAAACGCUCUCAGCUUUCUAUCCGCGCCUCCUCCUCCUGCUGCUCCUGUCCCUAAAAAGAGUGAUGUUGCUGAAAGCGAAAGGGAAAGCGAGAGUGAGAGUGGAAGCGAAGCAAUAUCUAGCAAGGGAAGCCGCAGAUCAUCGGUGGAUGAAAGCCAACAUGAUUCUGAUAGCCAUCUUCCACCAGCGGUUUCAUCUAAACCAAGCCGCAAAAGCAGCACCAGAUCAAGUAAGGGAGCACUCAGUUCAGAAUCAGGAGAUGAAGUUAGCGUUUCUUCCAGCAGCAAGAGCAGUAGGAAAUCGCACGGUGAUUUAAGCCACAAGAGCAGCAAAAAAUCUUCAGUGAAAGAUUUAAGCCAGAAGAGCAGCAAGAAAUCUUCAGUGAAAGAUUUAAGCCAGAAGAGCAGCAGAAAAUCUUCCGUGGAAGAUUUAAGCCAGCAGAAGAGCAGCAAAAAAUCCUCUGUGGAAGAUUUAAGCCAGAAGAGCAGCAGAAAGUCUUCUACUACCAAAGACUUAAGCCAGAAGAGCAGCAGAAAAUCUUCCAUCAGAGAUCUGAGCCAAAAGAGCAGUAGAAAAUCUUCUAGCAAAGUUUUGAGCCAUAAGAGUAGCAUGGCAUCGGAUGAUGGAAGCAUUUCCUCAUCAAGCUGCCGUAGCAGCAGUGUGGGAUCAGAGCGUAGCAGCAUGAGGCUAUCACAAGGGAGUUUUCACUCAGACCCAUCAUAUAGCAGCAAAAGGAAAGAGGAUGAGAGCAUGCAUUUAUUAGACCGUGCAAGCAGCUUGCGAUCUGAUGAGGAUAGUGGUCACCCUUUUGACCAAACUAGCAGCAGUGGAUCAAGUGUUUAUUCGAGAUAAACUUAUAGCUUAAUUGGCGCCACUUGUGAUGAUGAUGAACGUGCAUGCAUGCUCAUUCUUUGCCAUGUUGCUUGUAUUUUUGUGCCUUAGUGUGGAUACAAUAUGUGGGAUUCUUUUUAACACUGUUACUUGAAAAUCAAGCCUAACAGUUAUCUGUUUUGUUUAGUAAGCCUCGUGUAUAUUUAUUAUUCUUUGUCUACCUUUUGUUCAAGAACUAGAGUGAAACUCAUCGUCAAUUUCCUUCCCGGAAUUGUUGCAGUGUAUAUCAAAACUGCAAACUUUAAA